UGUGUGCCUGUGGUGCGCACGCUUCCCAGUGAUUCCCAGAGUAACUUCCCGGGGCUCCCUAAAAAGCGCAGGGCCCCUGCGGUGAGGGAAGAAGGGGAGGGGGCUGCUCCAGGAUGGAGCUGAUGGUACUGCUCAAUGCUCUGGUUACUCGCUUGCUCUUUAUAUUACACUCUGUCAUCGGGGUCUGGAGAGUGACUGCGGUGAAGAAAGAACCCAAGUACUGGCUUCUGGCACUGCUCAAUCUUCUUCUGUGCCUGGAGACAGGGCUUACCCUCAAGUUUAAGCAAGGCAGAGGCUACAAAUGGUUUUCACCAGCAAUAUUUUUAUAUCUGAUUUGCACAGUACCAUCACUAUGGCUACUCGAAAUCCAUCACGGAACUCAGUACUGCAGUAAUGAGCCUGGAGCAGUUCAGGUGAAUAUCAGCAACCAAGACUUCAAUCAAUCCAGAGACAGCAGUCACGGAAGUGAGGGAACAGAUCACCACAUCAUUCAAACGGCUAAAGUCUUUGUGAAUCAGCUCUCCACAAUCUGUGAGACUGUUUGGACACUGGCCCUACACCAGACUUUUUUACUGCUACUAGUAGUUGGGAGAUGGCUUCUCCCUAUUGGAGUUGAAAUCACCCGGGAUCAAUUGUCUCAGCUGCUUCUCAUGUUUGUGGGAACAGCAGCAGAUAUACUUGAAUUUGCUAGUGAAACUUUGGACAUUGAAGACGUUAGGAAGAAUUAUGCUCUCAUAAAUGCAAUUCUUGCUGUAUGGACGUGGAGUAUGUUACAGUUUCCACUUGAUCUUGCAGUACAGCAUUUUGGCUGCAAACCAACUGCAUCAACUCGGCGGAUGCCCAGCCUGCUGCUGUGCAGGUACAGUGCAGAACUGUGGAACAUUGGGGUCAGCCUUUUCAUACAGGAUGGUCCCUUCUUCAUUGUACGUUCAAUCCUGAUGGGCCACUUCAGAAUAUUCAAUCAGAUGCUGGUGUUUUUUACAGCUAAGAAUAUCUUAGUUGUGACUCUACAAUUGUAUCGUUUGGCAGUGAUAACAUUAGACUUCCGUGCUACCAUUCUGCAGAAGAGCAGGAAAGGAGAAGUCAGCUGUUGCCCAUGCGAGCCUUAUAAAACUAGUACUCAUGCUACUGUUGAUCAAGAUACCGAAAUGAAAGAGCUUGUUGCUUUUCCUCCAAAAGAGGAAACCCAAGAUCCAUCAGAAGAUAAGUAGCACAGUUAUUGACUUGAAAGAGGUUGCAUUUCCCACAGCUUCUUCAGAAGGGCUUAGCCUAUUUCUGUGAACAAAUAUGCCUUCAGUCCGUAGGUCAUCUCUUCCACUAAGAGAUCAAUAAUUUCUUCUAAAUUGUAGGGGAAAAUUCUGAAGCAAACUCAUAGAAAUGGGCCUUUUUUUUCUUCUUUUUUUUUUAAUCCAUUUGCAUGGUGGGUUUUGACUAGUUCCCUAAUAUGUUAUCCAGAGGUAUUUUGUAGCCAUAGUUUGUACUAGCAAGAAAGGUCUGACACACUAACAAAGUCUGUUAUUUUUGGUGGCACUGUGCUAACAUAUGUACUUGCAUGUAUUUGUGUAGAGGGACAAGUCUAACCAUUAUGGGAAGUACAGAAUCACUUAGCUCUACUUGAAUGGUCUGGCUAUAACUAGAGUGUGAUGAACAAUAUGUUCACCACGUAUGGGAGCAUCUUCAGGAGCGACAGCUGGGCAGACAUGCAAGUGAAGGGAGAUGAUAGAUUUCUACUGCUACUGUGACAUCUAAACAUUGCUCAUUCAAGAAAUUUAAGCAAAUCUUUGUCAAAUGUUACCUCAUCCUUGCCUGGAUUCAAUUAAGAACUAUGCAGCACCAUUACACUGCAUACACAGGACUCUUAGGACCUGCAUGGUCUGAGUAACCCAAACCUCGCAACUACAGAACACACAAAAAAGCAGCCCUACAGAUCAUUAGAAGACUACAGCAUUUGUCUCAGGCAUUUUCUAAAGAGGUACUUGCUUUCUGUUCUCAUCAAUUAGAACACCACAACUCCCCCCCCCCAAAAAAGAAGAUCAACACCCAAAAUGUUUGUAAAGACUUUUAUACUUUUUCCCCAGUUCACUGUGGCUGCAGUUGAAACAAGUUUUUAAAAUGUCUCAAUUUCACAUGAUUUUUAAACGUAGCCUGACUCAAGCAUACAAUUUAACUAGACAGAAUACGGCAGUGCUUAAGUUUGAAAGGACAAGCUAGACAAAAGGAUUCAGGCUUGUGCUUCACAUUCCUUAAAGCACCACAGGGUCCCACAAUAAAACUUGAGAAACUGUCUGGUCUGUUGAAUGUCAAGAUCCAUGUUUAAGAAAUGGCUGAUAAUUACUGAUUUACUACUUUCACAUUUGCAGUGAACAACAUAGGACCAAAUUAAUUUCUCCCAAGGACACACUCUAAAGCAGCAUAAGACCAUUAACUUUGUGGAGCUUAUCUUAUAGAAGCUAAAAGUAACAUAAGUGAUUUUUGAAAAAUUGCCUAAAAAUACAGAUUUCUGCAUCCAUUUUAAGAGCAAUAAAAACAUGACAAACAUGAAGUGACCUAAUUGAGAUAACUUCCCUUAUUAAAAAAUCACAAUUAAACCUUAGUUUCUAAAGCCUCAGCUAUCUAAAAAGAGAAUCUACUUUCAGGAAUUAAUAAAAGGGUUUCUGCCACCACUGCAGCAGUCAUAUGCUUAUUUAUCCAUAGCCUGAUAAGCAAUCAUAUGUUUAUUCUUUAAAAAAAUUAACAUUAUUCUAUCUAUUAACAAAAUUCUAUCCCCCAAACACACGAACUGUGUUUAUACUUGUGAGCUGUUACUUUUCUAUGCAGGAUCUGGCACUUUCAUUACAGAAGAAAAUGCGCAGACUAAAUGAAGGAAGUCUUAUAUACAUCACAGAAUCACAGAAUCCCAAGGGUUGGAAGGGACCUCAAAAGAUCAUCUAGUUCAACCCCGCCACAAGAGCAGGGUAACCUAGAGUACAUCACACAGGAACUUGUCCAGGCGGGCCUUGAAUAUCUCCAAUGUAGGAGACUCCACAACCCUCCUGGGCAUCCUGUUCCACUGCUCAUAGCCCUUUCUACCAUUUAGAAUUUAGUUAUAAUGUGCAACACCUCCUGCUUUCCUUAUUUUGGGCCUUUUCCCAGCAGAAAUUUACUAGAAGAAUUUCAGGUCCUUUCCAACCCUCACCAUUCUAUGAUUCUGUGAUCAUUUGCCAUGGCAUUGUGAGGUAAACAUACGGAAAGUGGAAUGCGACUUUAUUUGGGAUUUUAAUUGAAGUAUAGAGGUAAAAAAGCUAGAGUGUUGCUGCUGCUGAGUUGUGCUGUCUAAAACCUUUCACAUUAGGGUGAAUUUAGAAUCAGUUAACAGAAUUGCAACACAUUUUCUCCUUGUUGAUGCAAGGCAGGACUACUUGCAUUCAUUUUGAGUUUACCACUUGCUGAUAUAGUAAUUAUCCUGUUAAAAGGAUCCUUUCUAAUUAAUUUGGAGUGUACUGAGCUUGCUAGAACAUCAUUUUAAAUUCAUCAGCACAAAAAUUGCAGGAUGUACUUUUUUAAACAACUGCCUACCAGAUUCAGCCUGCAGCAAAUGCAGGAUCCCCUGGGAUCAGCAAUAGAGACGCUACAGCAGGAAUAUUUUACAGAGAACUAUAUUUCCUGGUCUUCAGGCUGUUCCAUUUUAAACAGCACUAAAGCUUCUAAUCAGAUUUAUGUGAGAAGAACUCAGUUCAGUGCUAGGUUGUUACCACUAUAUCCCAUUCCUAUUCACUCACAGACAAAAUAAGCAGUGAUUUGUAUUUGGACUAGACUUGGACUUCCCUUUUCCUCCCCACUAUCAGGGGUGAUAAACAGAUAUUUAAAACCAAAAGAAAACAGUCAAACAAAACACUUGAAUGGUGGGUAGUCUACCUCCCCACCUGUGUACAGAGGGAAUCACACAUGCCAGGUAGCAGGAGGAAUGACAUAUAGUUCCCUCUACUUAAUUGAGAAGCCUGCAAACAGCAACUAAAGAAGUCUGGUGGGUUGUAUGUUUGGUCACAGUGGCAAACCCCUGUUGCAAGCCCACUUCACCUUCCUCUUGCAAUUUUUUUUGAGAGGGAGGACUACAACACUGCUGUUUCCCAGCAGGCUGAGUCAGCUGAAUAAGCAGCUGGGUGUGAGGAGCCAUUCUCUCCUCCUGCAGCCUUCCAGAGCUUUGCACUAGGCAAGAGGCAGAGUAGAUCUUGAAGAUUCGCCAGCACCUGUGGUGUACCUAAAGAACAACUGAUGUCGCACUUGCUGCUCAGGAAAAGCUGCAGUAAGCUUUUAGACAGAGAAAAUUCAAGCCUUCAAAAUAGAAGGAUUUCAGAACAUUACUUAACCAUUAUUUACUUGAGUCAGGAGAAUUACAUUACUAAAUCUGUUCUGCAAGUACAUAUCUAGCCAUUUACUGCUGCUUAUUCUAGUUUUUCCUGCCUUGUCCCUUUAGAUUAUUCCAUAUUAAGCCUCAUUAAAUAUUUUACUACUUGUCUUUUCCUGCGCUAAAAUGCAUUUCUCCUUUUCUUUGGACGUCGGCUCAAAUAAGAUCAUAGCCCUGAGCCUGAAAAAAAACCAGAACAACCCAAAACAAACCAGCAACCCCCAUUAUUUUAUUGCAUUCCUCUUGGUAUUUGUACUGUAUUAUAUUCUCUGGGACCAUGUGGAAACGGAAGAAAACAUGCAAUUACUUUUGAAAAAUUCCAACUGUAUUUCGCAAAUAAAAGGCAGUUACCUCAGGCAUAGCUGCCAAUUUAU